AUAGAUCAGUGUAUACACUCUGUAAGGUAGGCAUAUUCUAAAGUUUCAACCUGAUGGUGUGCUCUGUGUUUAUUUACACAGUAAACAACGUUUUUAUAUCUCCAAGGACUGUCUACCAUUUAGGUCAAUGCCCACAUAUUGAGCGGAUCAACUUCUGAUUCGAAACGAAGUGAACGAUGGCAGACGCACACGUGUCGAAUGUGAAAGUAGACAGAGACGGUCUACUGAUGAAGUUGGAGGAAUGGGGCAUCGAGAGCACGACCGUUGAACAUCCGGAGGUAUUUACAGUAGAACAGGCACUUCCUUAUAUCUCGCACCUUGAAGGGGUAUUUGCUAAGAAUUUGUUCCUGCGGAGUAAAAAGAAGAAGCUGUAUCUAUUUUGUGCUCCACAUGAUGCUGACAUCAAGUUAAAUGACCUUGCUAAGUUGUCUGGUGCGUCGGGGGGCUUGAGGUUUGCAGAUGAGUCUGUGUUGGAGGAAAAGCUUGGACUAACACAGGGGUCUGUGACACUGUUUGGACUUAUCAAUGACCAGGCCAAGGAGGUGACAUUGGUAUUGGACCGACGCCUCCUAGACGGCACCUACACCAAAAUCUACUUCCACCCUAUGGUGAACACGGCUUCCAUUGCUGUCAGCCCUGCAGGCAUACAGACAUUUCUCCAGCACACUGGACACCGACCACUUAUUGUGGAUGUAGAGAAAACUAAUGAGGAAUCUCAAAGUUAAUGAAUUGUAAUCAUUCUCAUUUUUUGUUCCCCGAUGUUAAAAAUAAGGGAAUAGUAUAAUUAAAAUAAUAAAAUGUUGUAUUAAUUUUCACUGAUCAUUGGAUGAGUAUAUAGAUAUAAUUUUGUCAAGACUUGCUACAUUAUGUUUUUGGAAAAAAAGGAGCAAGUUAUAUUACUGCAUGUGCUUUUCUAUAUUGCACCAUGAAAUAUUCUGUAUUUGUAUUACAUGUAUGACUAUAAUAAACUGUAAAUGAUAUGUAUACAUACCAUAAUGUAUUCAUCCCAUCAAACAUUUUCCUUUGAUAUUAAUUUAGUUAAUUUAGUACCAUAAUGUAUUCAUCCCAUCAAACAUUUUCCUUUGAUAUUAAUUUAUGUAGUAGAGACAUAUGUCCUUGUGAUAAAAUUUACUUCCAUUCUAGCAGUCUUGCAUCAAUAUACAAUGCGAUUGUUACAUCCAUAUAUGUAUUGUAAACAUGAUUUUUAAAAAUGUCCUGACAGCUAUACAUGCAUGUCUUUGACAGGUAAUGAUUUGUUAUAGUUUGAUUGUGUAUCCAUCCAUCCAUCCAUCCAUCUGUGAGCAAUUGUUUCCCUCUUUAGUUAUAGACUCAUGAAAAAUCUUACACAGAUGUUUAAAACUGAAAAAUACUGACUUUAAAGUUCAGAUUUUCAAACAUCUGAUCUCAAGAUGGCAGUUGCUUAUGAACAGCAGAAUUUCAUUUAUCAGUAAAUGUUUAACAUUUCCUAAAAACUGAAAUCUGUUUAUAUUUAAUGAUAGAAAGUUCUGCAAAUUUGAAGAUGUUAUUGUAUUAUACAUAUACAAUGUAUAUAAUGUUUCCUCAUUUUUUUUUUACACAAUUUGACAUAAUUUCAUUAAAACAUUAAAAUUUGUCUUCUUAUUUUCUUUAGAUAUUAAACCAAGAUAGUUCGUAAAAUUUAAUUUGUCUGAUGAUAAACUCAAAUAUUUGCUGCUGUAUUUUCGAAUUUUGAUGACAGAUAUACAUGUGUAGCAGUUAAUUGACCAAUCAGAUUACUGUCUCAAUAUGAUCAGUAAGUGUCUACAUGGCCAUGGAUGGUUGUAAAAUUGUAAUGCAGAAAGUGAAACAGGCUAUCUGGAGCUAAGCAAUAAAUUUACCACUAAUCAUCAAGUUAACAAUUGUAUACAAAAACCUGUCAUUACUGAUAGUUAUAACUCUGUUAACCUGAAGGAUUGUAUCUCAUAGCAUGUACCUUUGGGUAUAAUCAUCAGCAUUGUCCGAGACCCCUGAACCCCAUUAAAGCAUGUUCACUUUUGG